UGAAAACAAACGCAGGCGCCGUAGCAACCAUACGCGUGGAGUCGAACGAUCGAACGGAUUUAUUUUACGAAUAUCUGUAAUCUAAAUUUAGCACGAGCAAAUAAACAAACCACCGAGAAAUGGUUCAGGAAAUCUCAGAAAGACUUAUCCUUCAUUGGAACUAUCGUGGAUUUUCCUCAUUUCCAGACGAAUUGUGCGUCUGUGGUAGUCAUGUGUGUGAGCUGUAUCUGAAAUACAACAACAUUACACGCCUGCCAGAUUGGAUUGAUACCAUGACAAAUUUGACAAACAUCUACCUUCAAGCCAAUUACCUGACAGAGUUGCCUGAAGCGAUUCAGUUUCUAACCAGUUUGAAGACGCUGGAUGUCAGCCAGAAUCAUCUGUCCCAAAUUCCAGCAUCGAUAGGGAAACUUGUGGAACUGAGGAGCAUCAUACUGACUCAAAACAAACUAAGUUGUCUGCCCAACUCGCUGGGAAAUCUUCCACACCUCACAACACUACUUUUGAGUAGCAACAGAUUAGCUCAGCUGCCAGAUUCGUUGCACCGGUGCCUCCAUUUGGAGACCCUCCAAAUUGACUUCAACAACUUUACUAGUUUACCAAGUUUCCUGACACGCCUUCCACGGCUCCAGCGAUUAUCAGUCUGCUCUAAUCAGCUUACACAACUGCCUCACCUACCCUUCGCCAGCUUGGAGCGUUUCCUCUGCGAUAACAAUCCCAACCUAACUUACCUACCUUACCCGCUGGCUUGCCAGAUGAAUCGACCGCCAGCCCUGCCGCUGGCCACUCGUAACGUUCUGCACAUUUCUUGCCAUGGAUGUUUCAAGCCAUCCGGAAAGCGAAGAGACCAAGUGCUGGCGCCCAAUGUUCUCGUCAAAGAUUCACCAGAAGGAGUAGCUCUCCGUUUCCUGCCGGAUAUUAUCGACCUUCAUGGCUCCAAUGCGCCGCCCAGUUUGCUUGAGCUCACUUUGCGGUCCAUUUGUUUGCGAAUCUUUAACGAGCCGCUCGACACGAGUUUUGACCGGAAGAACCACCUCCACCACUUCCAGUCCAACUAUCACCUCGCCUACGACCGACGUAUCGGCGAAUUUUGUCUACCGUCGACUCUAAUUCAACUUUUGCGGGACGGCCCAGCCGCCAUCUGCUUGUCAUGUGGGGCGUUCAUCUUCCGCGGGCCGGCUUAUCCGGUCUUUCUUUCCAAAUUCAUCGUUGAAAACGAACGUGCCGUCCAGGACCUCCAGUCGGUGGUCUGCUCUUUACUAUUCUGCUCGGCUUCCUGUUUCCGGACGGCCGCCGCAACUGCUGGCGCCGUGGCAGCUGCCGGACUUGAAGACCGACUCGAUUGGGAAUGCAUCACACAUCUCACGACAAGUACCAAUUAGUUGGUGGUAAGAUAUCUUUGUCGGAAAUGUUUUUUUUUUUUUGCUCCCUUCUCUUUCUUGGACCUCUAUUUUUACUCCCGCCGCCGCCCCAAGUGGUUCCGAGUACAUACACUUGAGUGAUGAAAUCCCGGGGAUAUUUUAUCCAUGGAGAGGAAGAAGGAUGGCAUCGGUCCCUAUAGACAGAUAUAUUGCGUCAUUCGUGCUGGGGGGGUCGGGUGCUGCUUGCCGGAUUAAUGUGAAAACAGUUCGUCGUUGUUUACUUCUCCAAAAACACACAACUUUAGUCUCUCUACUUUAUUUGUUAGCUUUACCUCCCGCCAGCUAAUCUAAUUGGGGGGGGGGGGGGGGAGCAUUGUCGGUGUGCUGCUGCUGCUGCUGAGAAACGAAGUUGUAGUAUCGCACUUGUAUCGCCGAGCGAGAUGAGAGAAAGUUGAAAAUUGAAAUUGCUUCAGGUGCGCGCGCGCAACUGCGAUCGAUAGCAAACGACUGCAACAUAUAUAUAUAUCCGAAACGCUGUCUUGGUAAUUUGCUUUGAAACACAAUAAAUAACGAUUUGUUGGCCGCCAUCACCCCCUUAGUCUCUAUGUACGGGAGUUAGCUAUUAGUAUUUUAGGUUUUAUUUUAGUGGGCGCUCCGGCGCUUGCGGCGCAACAUCUCUCCAACCCGGAAGCAAAAAAUGUGUGCGAUUCCCCUGUCGGUGUGGCCGACAUUUGGCGGCCGCUUUUAUGGCCGUUAUAAAUCAUUUUUAGGACCGCUCAAAGUUCGUGUCAAAAUGUCAACAACAUCGGUCGUUGUUUUUCGCCGCUGAGCAUGUAAGAGCUCUUCCAAAGUGAAAAAAAAAAGUUGGACGACGGAAAAAGAAAAUUCUACUUAAUAAAAAAUAAUAAUAAAAAGAGGUGCCAUCCGAUAAAUAAGCAACGCAAUCACACCCCGUAAUAGUUUGUCAUUCAUUUCAAAAGGCAGAAAAAGAAAAUAUUUUAUUUCUCCUCUUCUUUUUUUCUGGGUUGUACUUAUUUUUUCGGGAGGGGUUGAACAGCUCGUCCUGAUUGAACUCUUGUGAUGUACGACAUGUAGCCCGUGUAUUGGCUGCUAGUCAUUUCUUCCACGUCGAUGACAAUGUCAAAGCUGGAAAAAAGAAGAAGAGAGAGAGAGAGAAGAGUUGGGCUUCAUCCUCUUACGCUUCUCUCUCUCUGGUGCAAUCUUUUUGAACAUACAAUGCCCCACGUAAUGGCCCAGAAGGGCCUGUACUUUUAUAGCGUCGAUCGAUCUGACUAUAUAUAUAUAUAUGUGUGUUUGCUGUCCCGCUCGUCGCUGUGUAAUAGUUAUUGCCAAAAAAGUGAUUUAAGUGACUUGCACAAUAGAGCUGCAGCAGUACAGCUAUCUCGCCUUGUAAAUGCAAUAACGUCGAAAUCGAAUUUAUCUCUUUUUUUCUCGGUGAUCCGCCAAAAUGUUGUUCCAAAAGUCAUUCGCAGUGCCCGUCCCCCCUUACAUUUGUAUCACAAUGCCAAAUGGGUACAAUAGACAAAUCUUGAUUGAUUUCCAGACCUGAGGGUAUUAGCCUACUUUCGAUUGAAUUUGCUUUCCGUAAUCUGUUUGAAUAUUCAUCCACUUGAGAUGGACGAAUUUUUUCCUUUUGGGCUCGUUUGGAAUUUGUAGAUAACCUCGCAUUGCUGCAUAGCAAUUUGGUCAGGCUUCACCUGACCCAUUUUCUAGGUCCGUCUCAAAGAAUUCUGAGCAGACAAUCGACGAGGAAUUUCGACUUUGACCUCUGUCAGUAGUGGGUGUAACUGGCAUUGUGCCUGUAAUAAUAAUAUGGUAACGUGAUUCAUCAAUUUUUCAGGGACAGAUUCAACCGUUACAUUUCUUUUUCUAGGACGACAGCAUUGGACAAAUUAUUCAUUGUACAGCGAACAGCUGAUUGCAGGAAGGAACGCGAAAGGCAACUGAAACUACAAGUAGGCGAAGUAGCCUACAAUCAAUUCUUUCAUUAUAAAUCGUCGUUCUGCUGAAUGCUUCUAUUAAUACAGUUAGGAGAAUGAUCUGAAAUUGCUAACUAAAGAAUUUGUGUGUUGGGAAAGCUGCUGGAGUAAUCUAGUGUCCAUCCCCACUUGAUUCAUUUCGUGCCAGCUAGUGAAUGGCGUGAAGAAUUCGAAUGAAAAGUUUAGCAUUUAGCUGCUGCGUGCUGUCAGCAAGCAAGCAAUCCAAUUGAUGUCCACCAGGUGGCGCAAGUGUCUUCAAGGCCCAAAUUCGGCCAUUUUGAUUUCUAAAGCAGCAGAAGUCGGUCGUGACGUUUCGCAUGAUGAAAAUGUAAAGGUUCAAUACCAAUUUUUCAAAUCAUCUAACUCGGACUUGAGUGCCUGUUCAUUUUGCCGAAAUGUCGUACCUCGUGUGUCUUGCUGCCUGUACCCGUACGUCUCGUCCCAUGCAAAAGCAAACGUCUGCUGUUGGUUACCUUGUUGCAGCCUGAUGGUGUAAGAUGUGAUGAAGACUAAUUGAACUGUUGUAUGCAGCGUUGGUUCCUGUGUUAUCCAGAAGUAGCUGUGCUGGCAGUUUCCUAAAGUAGCCUGAAGCCUGAAGUUGCCAGUGAUAUCCCGGUUGCUGACUUUAAAUAUUUUUCUCUGUUCUCAUUUGUGUUAUUUGCUUUGCAAGUGGUAUCUCAUGUUGCUGACUUUAAAUAUUUUUAUCCGUUUUUA